AAUUUUAAUCAGCAAAAACUUCUCACAAAUUUAGACUUCGAUACGUUUAAUAUUACAUAAGAUCCAAUAUCGCUUGCUACAUCGACAAUCUAAUUAACACAAAACAACACUAUACUCUUCUCAAGAUACUCUAAAAUCUUAUCGGUGCUAUCUAUCCAAGUUAUAUUGAAGAAAACAAAUCGCAUGUAUUAUAUAAACCCAAUCGUUCUUCACUAGCUUAAUUUGUACAAUAACUUCUCUACGAUCAGUCGCAAAUUAUUCAAACCAAAUAUUGUAAAUCUUUAAAAAUGGCAACGCGUUGGGUAGUUUUGUUUCUGUGCUGUGUCAUAGUUCGCAGCGAAGUACAAUCGCAAAACCGUUUGGCCGAUUGGACAAUAUUAGACCUAUCACAAUCCGGUCUGAAGCACUUGAAAAACUAUUUCGUGAACAGUUCUUUUCUUGAGCAUGUUAAUUUAAUGGGUAAUGAUCUCGUUGAAAUUGAGAGUAAAGCAUUCAAGGGACUGCCACAUUUGGUCCAUUUGAAUUUGUCGCAUAAUAAAAUUCCGUUUGGAAAAUUCGAUUUUGCUUAUCAAUCAGCUCUAGAAAUUUUAGUCUUGGACCAUGGAUUCGCGUAUUCCAACUGGGAGAACGACAACAAAAUCCAGCUUAGCAGGUCGAUAAUAUUCCCGAAAUUGAAGAAUUUAUAUUUGCGCGGAAAUCAUAUUAUUAACUUUAUACUAUUGAGUGACGUGGUGGCAUUAAGUGAAGUUAUGCCGAACAUUGCGCAUCUUUAUCUCAGCGAAAAUUCACUCAGCUCACUGAAUUUCUUGGAUAAAAUUCCGCAGACUUUGACACAUUUGUAUUUAGACAAUAACAGAAUUUCACACUUUGGAAGUUCCAACAAAAACAACAUUAAAGUUCUGUCGAUUGACAAAAAUGGUUUCACACUAUUAUCCGAUACAAAGGCGAUUAACGGAGGACUGUGUUUGAAAAAUUUCGUUAAAUUGGAAGAAUUGUCUGUUUCCAAUUCGGAAAUUUCCAGGAUUUCACUUCACGCUUUUGAUGAUUCGCAAAAUCUGCGGUACCUUAAUUUGAGUUACAAUCAAAUCUCAGAUUUUUUGAACAAUACGUUUAUUAGUUUGAAGAACUUGACGACUUUGGACCUGGACCAUAACCUGUUGAGAGUUGUACCUAACAUUUGCGCUCUCAAAAAAUUGCAAGUUCUGUCUCUUUCUUCUAACAAAAUAUCUUUCUUGAGCUCGAGUAGCUUCUGCGGAUUACCUAAUUUGAAGAAACUUAUCCUCAGUAACAACGGCUUGAGAACAAUUGGCUCUGACUCAUUCAACAGUAUGUUCGCUUUGGAGAAAUUGGACCUUUCGAAGAACAUGCUUACGGCUUUGCCUCAAAACUGGAUCCCGGCUAAAAUGAAUUUACAGUAUUUGUACGUCAAUGAUAACAAGUUUGUUGAGUUUUCGAAUUUAUCGUUAGAUUCAGCGAAGAAUUUGAAGUAUGUUAAUAUUGAACAUAAUCAAAUAAAAUUAAUUUACAUUAAAUCUUUAAAAUCUUUGCCAGAAAAUGCAACUUUAGAAAUGGCUUAGUAUUUUUUUUACAAU